AUGGAAGAUUAUCGCUUACAUCAGGAGAAAUGCGAAAUGGCCAGGGAGCAGUUGGAUGAAUGGUAUAAGCACGGAAUAAGGCUUGAAGCGGAGGUGUCCAAGUUAGCAUGGGAGUUCGAUAAAUGGGGAAAAGGCUCUGGAUCACGUACUGCUGCCGAUAUAGUGCCUGGAAAAGAUGAAGCUGGAACUUUGGAUGGUCGAGCUUCUGGAGAAGCAGCAUCUGGAAAAUCGAAGAACGUUGAAGCCGCCAAAGAGGAAAAUAUUAAGAAGUGGAUGGACUUCAUUGUGGGGAUUCUAGAGAAUGGUGCGAUUCUGUCCGAUAAACUUCUCAACUCGCUCACAGCGAUUCAUACGAACGAAGCUGUUCUUGCAUAUAAAUUACAAUGUGGCAUGUUCGAUGAAGAAAGUCGUAACUCGCCGACGGAUCGUUUUAGCAAUGUGAAGGUUACCAUCUGUUUUGAGACUUUUGAAAGUGGGAGACUCGAAGGAUUUGCACGCUCCAGACAUGCUUGA